ACUAAUAUUUGUCACUGAAUCAACUUCAAAUACAUUAUAGUUCACCUUUUCAGAUACAUUAUAUUUUGCUCAACUUAAGUCCCAAUCCUUUUUAUUGAUGCUGUUUGGAAAUAGAAAAUGUCCAUUUUUAACAAACGGUAACUACGGUAUUAUAAGGUAUUGUGUAAUAAUCACAGAAUUAAAAUAAAAUGUAUAGUACUAUGUGAUUUAGUUAUAAUUACAUAAUUUGUUUGUAUGUCUUACAGUAUGGUAGAGGAAGGAUUGCAGGUGGAUGGAAAAGAAGAAAGUGGGUAUUUGGCACAUUGGGAGUCAGGUACCAGGAAUCAGGAAAAAGCAGGAAAAUCAGUUUUAAGACUAGUUGAAAGAAGAGGGAGAAGAGACCUUGUCCCACCAAUUGUUGAUCAUUUGAGGACUGGAUCAGCUAUAAUAAGCGAUAAGUGGCGUGUCUAUAAAAGGUGUUUGUCCCAUUUUGGCUACAGACAUUUCACUGUAAACCACAGUGUAAGCUAUAUUGACCCACACACUGGAGUGCACACUCAGCACAUUGAGAGGGCGCACAUAUAAGGAGCAAAUGUGGAGUCUGAUUACAAACAGAUCAGAAGGUUUAUUGAAAGACCAUCUCACAGUCACUGAAUGGAAUGAAUGGCUGGCUAAAAAGCAUGACAAUUGAGCAUUGGGAAGAUUACUUCAUGAUAUCGCAAGACAAUACAAGUAAAUAUAGAGAGCACCAUUUAAAUGGUUCUAUUUUUGUUUUGUUUCAACAAUAAUAUUGUUGCAUACAGUAAGGAAGUUUGGUUAGAUUUACUGUACCUAGCACUAUAUGAUAAAAAAAAAGUCUUUAUUGAUUGGUUUGUCAAUAUGCAAUUGUGAUAAAAUAUGAUUCCAUUGUGCUAUAUCAUAAAUCUGUAAUUGAGGCAAUAAAUGCAAAGGUUUUGUCUUAAGAUAUGCUGUUCUUGUUGUUUUAAUGUGUUGUUGUUAAUGUCUGUAGCAAGCAUGUAACUAAACUUAAUUAACCACCCUUUACACAAACAUUGUUACAGUAGCUGAAAGUCCAGUGCCCAUAAAGGAACUAAAUGAUUAAUUGUCAACCUUAAUAAACAUUUACAAAUGAUGAAUAGUUUUAGAUUUUAGAUUGAGUACAGCAAAAACAUGAACAAAUAAUUAAUAAAUGAUUUGUAAAGAUGUGUAAAUAGUAGAAGUCUGCAUACACAGCACAAUAAACAUAGAAAAAAUAUGUGACCUAUAUAGACUGUGGUUAUGAGUUAAUAAUUUGUCAACAUGAAUUGUCUGUAAAGUGCUUAAAAUUACUAAUAUUUUUUUCAACAUAUGUAAAUGUAAAAAAUGUGCAUUGGAUAAUAUAUGAAUCAAAGUUUAAAGACAUUUGUAAGCAUUCUAAUGUACAUUAACAAAUAAGCUGUUAAUCACUGUAUAACAUCUGUUAAAAACAUCUGUAGAUUUGUAGAAGUGCAUGACCGUAUAUGAAUUGAAAAUUUAAUAACAUUCGUAAGCAUUUUAAUUUACAUUAACUAACGGUCAAUUAAUCAUUAUGUCAUGUUCAAUAAAUUCAUUAGUAAACAUUAACAAGCACAUUAUCUCAUAUUUCUAGCUAUUUGAAUAUAUAUUAACUAAUCAUCCAUUAAGCAUUAUAUAAUAUUUAUUAAUGAUUUAUUAAUGAAAGUUAUUAUAAAGUGUUACCACUUUAAAUAAAAAGAGUCAACUUUAAAUGAAAGACGUCAACUUUUUGUUCUUGGCUGACAGCAGUGGAACCUGAUGUGGUCUUCUGCCGUCUUAGCCCAUCCACCUCAAGGUGCAUACUGAGAUACUUUUCUGCUCACCAUGGUUAUAAAGAGUGCUUAUUUGAGUUACUAUAGAUUUCCUGUCAGCUCAGACCAGUCUGGUCAUUCUUCUCUUAUCUCUCUAAUUAACAAGGUGUUUCAGCCUGUACACCCUCCACAUACAGAAUGUUUUUUUGUUAUUUGCACCUUUCUGUGUAAACUUUAGAGACUGAUUAGACAACUGCAUGAAUGUGCAGGUGCACAGGUGUUUCUAUUAAAGUGGACGGUGAGUGUAUUUUAAUACUGUUAAAUCUUUUCCAAUGGCUUUUCAAAGUUAAAUAUCUUGUUUGGGAACAACUUCAAAUUUUUUUAAAAAUUGAAAUAUCUUGUAUUGUAGAUCUUAGAGAAUACUUUUGGAAAAAUAAAACUCAUUGAAAUUUAUUCUGCAUCACAAUGUGGUCUUAAUAGGAUCAAAAUAUGUUUCUUUAUUUAGUUAUACCAUUUAUUAGCUAUAUAAUGAGAUUUGCCUUGAUUUUACAGGAUAAAGUUCUAGGUUCUAUCCAUACGGUUCUCUCUGCAUUUGGUCACUGUUAAAAAAAAAAAAACCCUUCUAAAUGUUUCAGAAUUUCGAUCACACAACUUAAGUAAGCUUAAGAAUUAAGCUUAAAGUGAGGCGUUGUUGAGGUAAAUAUACAUUUCAGUACUUUAGAGUUUUGCUCGCUGGAAUGUCAAUACAUUAAUGUCCCAUAUCUCAAAACAGAGAUAUGAGAUAUAGAACAUUAUGAAUAUUAAGGUCAUGAACAUGCCUAUGAACAGUAGCAGUAACAUACUCCAUAUUAAAAUAUACUUAAUAUAUAGUGUACUAUUCAUACUGUACAGCUUCACUGAUUCCUGAAAUUGCAUUUAUACUGAAAACUUUUACUAAAGGCUCAAAGCUUAUAUAUUUGAAUAAGUCAUUUCAUGUACCACUCAUAUGUUUAUGUAGUGUAAACAUGGAUGAGCAAAGUGUCAUGAUGUUUCAAUUAUCCAAAAUUUAUUACUAUGAUUAUUUAAUUUCAAGUGUAACAAUUAUAUUAGCAUUUUAGCAGAGAGGGAGAGAAAAAAAAAUCUAAAAGGAAAACAUACUGGUCAAGCUCAGGCUAAUAUGAUAUGAUAUAAUUUUCACAUUUUAUUUUACGAUAAUUUUAAAACUUUUAGAAGGUGUUUAUAAAAAAAAUAUUAGUUAUUUUAAUUACAUCAUUUAAGUUAACAGGUGUCCCUCAUAUUAACAUGUUUUUAAAUACAUUUAAAAGCAAGAAUUUUGCAAAAUACAUGUAUUUUUAAAUGAGAUUUUAAUCUCUUCUCUAGUCAUACAUCUGUAUCUCUGUUUUUCUAAUUCUAGGGUAUUUAUCUUUAACUCAUUUCUUGAAAUUUAACCAAAAAAUGUUAAUGAAUGGUUAUAUACAAGUACAGAUGCAAGUAAUAGUAAUUUUAGCUUCGACCAAAAUUACUGAAUAUGAGAAAAUUUGGUGAUACUUUAUUUGAAGGGUACCUACAUACAGUCUUCAUAACACAUUCAUAAAUAUUUGCAUAAACACUGCAUAAAACCUAUAAUGUCACCUGAUGAGAUUUGACAUAAGCUGUCCAUAAAUUGUCUAACACUGCUUCAUAAAUGAUUUAUGUAAUGUUUAUGUAAUAAAACAGGCAAGGGUCAAAACAUGAUCAGGCAUCAAACAAGAAGAGUAUAAUCCAAAGUGUAAGAAAAUUAGGCAUGGAUCAUUCCUGUAUGUUUCCAGGCCAAAGAGGGGCAGGGAAUAGGGUUUUACACUGGAUUACCCAAUGAGCAUCAUCAUGAAAACAUAGUGAUGCAUAUAAAUAAAGGUACACCUUUUUUCCAGGCAAGGUAUUUCUUUAAAUAUCAUAAAAGCAGUUGUUAAUGCCUCUCAUCUGACAAACAAAUUACAGAGGACAUAGUUUACAGUCAAUUCCCAUUUUCCAAAAAAAAAUGUUUCUAUAUUAUUGUCAUGCUUUGACUUCUGAAGAAUUUAAGAAUAGCAAGUGGAAAUCACACUUCAUUUUUGAUGGAUUAAAGUGCCUUUGAUGGAUUACAGUGCUUUUGAUUUAAAGUCAUCAUGUUGGUUCAAAACGAUUCUGGAAAAGCCAUUACUGAAUUAGCUUUUGUUGGAUUUGACACUGUGGAAAGACCUCUGGCUGUUGGUGUGGUCAUGCUGAUAUUGUACACACUUGCUAUAACUGCUAACACUGCAAACAUAUGCUUUAUUGUCAUGGAUAAACGUCUGCACCAACCAAUGUACAUUUUUAUCUGCCACUUAGCAAUUGUAGACAUGGUUUACUGUACAAGUUCAUGUCCAACUAUGAUAGGUAUUCUUCUCUUUGGCUCUAAAACCAUAUCCUACAAACCAUGCAUUCUUCAGAUGUUUGUCUUCCAUUUAGGUGCUGCAAUGGAGAUGUUUGCUAUUGCUGUUAUGGCAUUUGACCGUUUUUUUGCUAUAGGCAGUCCUUUAUGGUAUCCUUCUGUUAUGACAAAUUUCCGAUGUUUUUUGAUCACUGUUUUACUCUGGUUGGUGGGAGCCUCAGUUUUGUCCAUUUUGCCUGCUUCUCUUGUACCUCUACCAGUUUGUUACUCUACUCUGAAGUACAUGUUUUGUGAUUAUGCAGCUAUUAUAAGGACAACUUGUGUAGAUCCAGAGCCAUAUUUUAAUAAUAUAUCUGUUAUAACAACUUGCAUAAUAAUUGGAACAUUUGGUUUUAUCUGUUUGUCAUACAUAAAGAUAGUUAUUGUUGUUGUGAAAAUGUCCAUAAAAAGUGACAAGAAAAAGGCAAUACAUACUUGCCUUAGUCAUGUUAUAGUCAUAGUCUGCUUCUAUGCACCCACUUUCAUACGAGUAGUCCUGACCAGGAUUGGUGUAGUUUUAUCACUGGAGGAACGAAACGGGCUGAUGGUGGGAUCAAUUAUUGGCCCAUCUUUAGUAAAUCCUUUUGUCUACUGCUUUAGAACUGAGGAGAUUCGAAAGAAAUUAUUUAAAAUAUUUUCAAAAUUUGAUACAACUGAAAGAAGAAAAUAAAUUUAAACACCUUGGAAUUACAGAUUGAGUUUGCUUUUUCAUCUGCAUCAGAUAUAUCAGCUAUAUCUGACAUGAACUGUAUGCCACAAGUCCAUUUUUACUUUUGUAUACAUUUACAAAUAAACAGCCCAUUUGCGCCAACCUUUGAAUAGUACAAUAAGAAAUAAGAAAUGAUUCCUCCAUCUGCAGAUGUACACAGGAUUGGGGGGGAGGGAAAUAUUGGCAAUACCUUAUUUAGCUCUGGGAAAUCAGACUACAAUGUUAUAUUGUUAAACUGUGUUUAUAGUGUAUCUUAGCUUUUGGGGAGAAAUAGUUUACAGAGAUUUUCAUAGUUCUUUAAUUUUUUUUCCACAGAGUAUUUUGUUCUUCAAAAAUCCCAACCCUGAUUAAUAUUAGAGGUAUGAAACACAAGGGCUACAAACAGUUUAAAGUUGAUGUAGGGUGGGUAGACAAUGGAACAUUGUUGAAGUUACUUGACAUCAAAUGCAAGAUAUUUUUUUGUCAAAAGAAAAAUAAAAAAUUGGCUAUUCUUAAUGUCUACUAGGUGUGACUGUAUGAAUGUGUGUGCAUGGGGCACAGACAAGUGCAGGAUAGUCUCUAUCACAACCUUAACCAGGAUAAAGCAGGUACUGACAAUGAACGAAUGAAUGAAAAUGGGUUAACACUGUUGAAACAUCUUUUCAUCAAAUAAUCCCUUCACCCAUCUAUUUUUUAACAUUUAAUUGCCUGUUU